UGCCACCACCUACCCACCCCAAACCAAGGAUGAAAGGAGGAACACAUUGUAUAGCGAGAUAAGUGCAGACCAUUGGAUGGGCGUUCAUAUAGAGACCAAUAGUGAAGCGUGCAUCAGCCGCGAGACAAAAUCUAUAUUUAUAUAUCAAACAACAUACACAUAGGCCUAUUGACGGAUCAUGAUUAUUGACGCACCUUAAUUAAAGUAUUCUAUAUCGGACCGUGGAAUGUUCUGUCGGCUACUCACACCGCGAGGCCCCAUGGAAACUGCGACAAAUGUGGAUAUGAUGCAGUAAACUUCGAGUAAAGGAUGGUUAUGAAUGCGCGAAUUAAAUAGUGUCGGUACAUUGAAAUAAUACAACAAUAAUGGAUGAUUUUUGUUACGUGAUAUAUUGCAGAGUGACUAAGCUUGCGUUGUAAUGCAAAGCUUACAUGGGUUCUGAUAUCGGCGCUGACAAUAUAUUUCUGUGUGUCAACGUAAACAUUUGGAUUAUCUUUGACUGAACAUAACGGGGAGAGUUGUUAACCAAAGACUGGUUAGCGCUACAUGGCUUGUCGUUAUUUGGCGCGGGGGAAUUCAUUAAACAUAAUGCCUUCUCUUCUUUUUGCUAAUCUGAACAUUACGUUUUAAUUUUAAAAAGAGGAAAAGUAGUGUGUGUGCGUCUGGGCUUUGCGCUCCUCAGGAAUCCUGUGAUUUGUGUGAUUGGCCAACAUCAACAUGCCCACCUCACGCUCGGGCGCCAGCCCGGUGGAAUACUGGGUGGAUGGCUCGCGCAGAGAUGUCUCCAUGGAACAGUUCUACACCAUGGGUCCUGAACUGGGAAGGGGGGCUACGUCAGUGGUGUUUCGCACUGAGGAGAAGCAGACACAGAAGCCCUAUGCUGCAAAGGUCCUGAAGAAGACUAUUGACAAGAAAAUAGUGCGGACUGAAAUUGGAGUUCUGCUGCGACUUUCCCACCCAAAUAUUAUCCGCCUGAAGGAGAUUUUUGAGACCGAGACAGACAUCGCCCUCAUCUUGGAGCUGGUGACUGGAGGGGAACUCUUUGACAGGAUUGUGGAGAGAGGGUAUUACAGCGAGAGAGAUGCUGCCCACGUCAUCAAGCAGAUUCUGGAGGCAGUGGCGUAUUUACAUGACAAUGGGGUGGUGCACCGUGACCUGAAACCAGAAAACCUUCUGUACGCUGACCUCUCUUUGAACGCCCCGCUUAAGAUUGCUGACUUUGGCCUCUCAAAGAUAAUAGAUGAGCAAGUGACCAUGAAGACGGUGUGUGGCACUCCUGGAUACUGCGCACCAGAGAUCCUCAGAGGCAAUGCCUAUGGUCCUGAAGUGGACAUGUGGUCUGUGGGAGUGAUCCUGUACAUCUUGCUGUGUGGGUUCGAACCAUUCUUCGAUCCGAGGGGAGACCAGUACAUGUACAGCCGCAUCCUCAACUGCGACUAUGAGUUUGUCUCCCCCUGGUGGGACGAGGUCUCCCUCAACGCGAAGGACUUGGUCAGUAAGCUGAUAGUGCAGGACCCCCACAAGAGGCUGACGGUGAAGGAGGCCCUGGAGCACCCCUGGGUACUGGGCAAGGCUGCCCGUUUCUCCCACAUGGACACGACUCAGAGGAAGCUACAGGAGUUCAACGCCCGGCGCAAACUCAAGGCUAUCAUGAAGGCUGUGGUGGCCACCAGCCGUAUGCACGAGGGCUCCCGGCGACGCACGGACAGCUGCGAUAUGCCCGGCUCUGACAAGACCACCUCCAGGCAGAGCAGCAUGCAGCAGGACCCUCCCCAGAACUCCCUGGAGGGCCAGGCCUGCCAGGGAACGGACACUUCCCCGACCCAGGAGGACGACCAGUGUCCCCCGCCCCUCCCACCACGCUGCCCCAUACCCUCCACCACCAACCCUCCUCUACUGGCUGGGGUUCUCUUCCCCUCCCGCCCACCCACCAGGCCCCCGCUAAGGGGAGUUGAUGGGCAGAGACAGAUAUCGGUCAUCCCCAAGACCACAGUGGUACGGCCUAGGGUGCCUCAGAAGAGCUGCUCCUCGGUGGACUCCUCCACCACCAAGCGGGAGCCGUCCUCCCCGGUCCUGACCACUCCCCCGAGCCCCAAAAGCCUCGGCAACAGAUUCUCCAUGGGGGUGGAGUCUGGCAGCAAAACGGCACAGUGUCAAUGAGUGAGUGGCAGGUACCAAACAGUACGGGCUCCUCACCUACUGUAGGAGCUCCUACUGUUGUCCUAAAAUGGCCGACGUCAUUGUGAGAGUCAGGUGAGAUGGUAGAAGAUGACAACAUGGAGGAGGAAGGAUGAGAGGGAGAAUGGAUGUCUAAUCUCGUCAUAUCUGUAUCUGUUUAGACCGGGGACAAACGACUACUAUACUUCCCUUGAUAUUUAUUGUUCCUCUGUGUGCGUAACGAGAUUGGAUACUCAUAACGAAUUUGCAAAUUAACUUUUAACUUUGGUCGAAACUUGGUUGCCAAGUUGCUUUAACCUCUUAAUUUUCAUUACUUUUCAAGACAAGGCCUCUCUGAACAGGACAAGGCCUCUCUGAACAGGACAAGGCCUCUCUGAACAGGACAAGGCCUCUCUGAACAGGACAAGGCCUCUCUGAACAGGACAAGGCCUCUCUGAACAGGACAAGGCCUCUCUGAACAGGACAAGGCCUCUCUGAACAGGACAAGGCCUCUCUGAACAGGACAAGGCCUCUCUGAACAGGACAAGGCCUCUCUGAACAGGACAAGGCCUCUCUGAACAGGACAAGGCCUCUCUGAACUGUUUUACUUCAAAGGCCACAUACUUUGUAUUCUCUGCACCUUUCUACAAUUCAAUGUUGGAAUCUACAGACUUCAUAUGCAAAUAUGUGAAUGCAUACACAAUCCUCUCAUUCAGGUAGUAAAGAUAUUGUAUUUGUGAGCUUAUGAAUGUAGUCAAGGUGUAUUGUAAUAUUUACUUUGCAAUAAUUUUAAUGAUCUAAUAUUUGCACUGUAUACGUUGAUUAAUCGACAUAGAUCACAAAAAGCAUUCACACUGCUAAUCGUUUACUAUUUCAGUCAAACUGCACUUUUAUUCCUCUGGAAAUGUACAUGACUGACCAGAAUAGCUUGUUUGUGGCUCAAACCAAUUUUCCCUUCAUUCAUUGGUUGUAAAACAUUCUUGGGUAGUUACCCAUCUGCUGAAGGAACACACAUCAUAUUCACCUCAUCUGUACAACCUCACUGGAGCUACCACUCUACCUCUGUGUGCAGGGGCUUCCAAUACCAGUAAUGGCAAAACCUGUAAAGAAACUGUUGGACGAGUGAGGUUAUGAGGCAAAGCACAGCUUUCUGCAACAGAAUCAUAUUGUAAGUGGCAAGUAAAUACCUGCGAGGCGCACCCUCAUUUUCAUUGGCUAAGGGCUUUUCUCAAUGGAACUCAAAUAACUGAUCAAAUGAGUGUCAUUAAAAUACAGUCAAUUUCCAUUUCAAGGGCCAACCUUCACCUGCUAUCUUGUAUUCUCACUCUAACAUUGCCAAAUAGUAAGCCUGCAUUUUACUGCUGACAUGUUCAUACUUGUCUAAACCAGUCAUUUACACCUAUGAAAUGUAUAAAGUAUGGCUAUUUUACUAAUCAUAAUUAUUGCUUACAAAUGCUUUAUUUGGGGGUUGGGAGGGGGGUGUAGUUAACAGUUGUGUUUGUUUUGUAAUUCAUUUCUGUAUUUCCCGUUUUUCAUUCAUUCACAUAAUUGUAGCCUACCUUUUGAAGGUGACAUAUUUUAGACAACAUGAGAUUGAUUUAACGGUCAUAAGAGGGGAAUGUAUUGAAGGUGUACAGGUCUAUACACUUUGUAUGUUUGAUCAUAUCACAAUAAUCUAAAUGUCUUGUAUUCUACAGAAAUAUUUAACACAGCAUCCAUUCAAGAUGGUAGUUGCUGUGUGAUAACAUAAAAUUAAUAAAACGUUUAUUUAGAAGUCCAA